CAUUAGUUACUCAUACCAGUCUUUUGCUUUUUCUCAAAUCCUUCUGUUGUGUUGACAUCGUUUUUAACGUUGUGUGAUGCUACUGUCGCUUUUGUAGCGGAAAUCGGCUUCCCUUAACGAGUAGCCUAUUGAAGCGCGGAGUUUGAUGAAAAUACAACUUUUUGCAUAUAUUUAUAUUGUAGGACAUUAUUUUUUAGUCCGGCAAACGUCCAGAAAAGAAUUCGCUUUGCGGUGCCUUCUUCUGCAUGCAUUAGUUUACCGUCUUCAGGGGGGUGAAUCUUUGCAAAGUCAUGCCUUCUUCGGAAUACAUGGCUGGGAGCGUUUCAGGAGCGCUUGGAGUGAUUGUAGGACAUCCGAUGGAUACAGUCAAGGUACGGCUACAGGUGCACACUCAAUAUAACGGUAUAUUCGACUGUGUGGCCAAAACAUUUGCCAACGAAGGGCUCCAUGGCUUCUUCAAGGGAAUGGCGUUCCCGGCUCUGACCUCUGGCCUAUCCAACUCUGCCAUCUUCGGUUCUUAUUGCAGCGCUCUGGAUUACCUCACGCGGUCGCGGCCAGGCGACCGCGUCCAGGGCAAAGACCCUCCCGCAGCGCACGUCUUCGCGGCCGGCUGUUUCUCUGGACUAGUGGGGGUGGUGAUCAUGGCCCCCGUGGACCUGGUGAAAGUGCGUCUGCAGGGCCAGGCCAGUGGAGCGCGCUACCGAGGGCCCCUCCACUGUGUCUCCACCAUACUGCGGGAGGAGGGGCCCCGCGGCCUCUAUCGUGGUGCGCUGGCACUAGCCCUGAGGGACGUCCCCUGCUACGGCCUGUACUUCCUGCCGUACGAGCUGGUGAGGCGGGCCCUCACGGAGCCAGGAACACAGUCGGGGACCUUCGCCGUGCUGAUGGCCGGGGGCACGGCGGGCGUGGUGACCUGGGCCUGUGCCACGCCCAUGGACGUGGUCAAGGCCCGGCUGCAGCUGUCCGGGGCGGGGGGCCGGCACUACCGCGGGGUCGCCCACUGCAUCCUGGUCAGCGCCCGGGAGGAGGGGCCCCGCGUGUUCUUCAGGGGCCUCCUGCUGAACAGCGCCCGGGCGUUCCCCGUCAACGCCAUCACCUUCCUCAGCUACGAGAGCCUGGCAAGGGCCCUGCGAGGGGGCUGA